GAUGUGAAAAGCAGAUUUCUGAACACAGUCGACUGGCUGCGCCGCAAUGUGCAUUGGUUUGGCUUUAGGUGUAUUCAUAUAGUCAAGUAAGUGGACUGUCAUCGUGUUUCUCGUUUAAUGCGGAUAACGUACAAAUCGUAGAUACGGUGAGCCACAACAUAUGGCAUUUUCGUGCUGUCAAGAAGCGUCAAAUCCCUUUCACAAAAAAGUGCGAAUAAAUUGCAGAUACAAGCAAACGCUUUUACUCACCACGUCCCGGUUGGAUCAAACAUUGGAUAGCGCUGUCCACCGAAGUAGUCACUAUCUGGUGGAUAUGUAUUAGGGAAACCAGUUGCGUUAUCCACUGGAUAGAGAUUUAGCCGACGGAUAGUGUUAUCCACCUUCUGAACAACUAAGGCCAGGUCAAAAUAUAAACGUUACGACUAUUAAUUGAGAAAAUUGAGUCUUUUGUGUUACGCUGUGUAACGCCUGUUUUUCGAUGUUUUGUUUUGGUUUCUCUUUCAGAGUAAUUUUAGUGGAUUUUACGAUCCGUGUCCUGACGAGCAAAGAUGCUGAGAAUUUGUUCAGAGAAGCGGUUCACGAAGUGACAGUCGGUGAUAAUGAACCUGUUUAUAGAAUACCAAAACAAUGUAAGAUAUCCUGCUCUAUCCAGCUAUUCGCCAUUUUCUCAUAGUUCACAAUGCACGUGUCCCCCUUCCUCUUCGCCGUCCUGUGACCAGAUGUUACACGCGACAAAUCAUAC